UGCUGAUAUGCUUGAGGUUUGGAUGCAAGUUCUCGUUGUACAGUCUUUAAUUUUUAUUUAUUUAUUUAUAAGUAUAAUUUAUAUAUAUAUAUAUAUAUAUAUAAAAGAAAUUGACAUCUGCGAUAAAUUUUCACAUGAAUUAAUCUACUAUAUAAGUUGGCACGAAACUCUAGAAUUGCAGAAAAAUAAUAGGGGACGAAAGGAAAUAUUCUCCCGUAUAAGUUGAAUAAAUAAUUAAAGACAUCAAUUUGGGUUGGGUGCAGCAGAGCAGGUGCAGGAACUCAAGUCCUGAGCCACGCGGCAGCAGUUGCAUUUCACCAUCUCAGCUGCAAAUGGAGGCGCAGAGCUCGCACGACCCCGACCCGCCAUCCCCCGCCCCCCGGGUCCGUUCGAGGCACGAUCCCUUCUUGAUAACCUGCCGAUUCUUCAGCGUCAUCACUGCUCUCGCCGCCAUUCUCUGCAUCGCUGUCAACAUCCUCUCCGCCAUCCAAUCUUUCAAGAACGUAUCUGAUAUAUUCGAUGGGAUAUUCCGGUGUUACGCGGUGGUUAUUGCCGUGUUUGUGGUGGUCGCCGAGACCGAGUGGGAAUUCAUCAUGAAGUUCUCCAAGGUCUUGGAGUAUUGGGCAGGCAGGGGAAUGCUGCAGAUCUUUGUUGCAGUGAUGACCCGAGCUUACCCUGAGUAUUUAAAGGAUCAUUCAGAGCUUUUUCUUCUUCAGAGCAUUGCUAGCUACCUACUUCUUGCAUGUGGUGUGGUUUACCUUAUAUCAGGAAUGUUCUGCAUUGGCAUGGUGAAACGCGCUCGCCAGAAAAAAGAACUCACCAGGGAGCAAGCAAUAAAGGAUCUUGAGGAGCUUGAGCAGCGUCGAGAAGAACUUGAGUCGUUGUUGGUACCCGGUGAAGCUUGAUUCAGAGCUCAAAUGUGGCUGGAGAAAUGUCGUACUGUCAACCUGGAUUGAACUACACUCACCCUGCUGUUUGAAAUUUAUACGAAAAACAGAGUGAGGCUUAACAGGAUUGUUGUUAGUGAUUGAAUCCCGUUGUACAGUUGCGUAGAUUUGAAUUUAGCUAUAUGCUACCUUACUAGGUCGUGUCCCAUUUUCUUGGAAGAACAAUCUUGUUUGUUGGUUCUUUAUAUUAGCUUUCCUGAACAA